CGGGAAAUUGAAAUAAACAAUACAAUAUUGUACUCAAUACCGUGGCGGAUAUUACAUGCAUAGCUGUACUCUGCUUGCUGUCAUGCAAUAAUUAAUAAUUCAUGGAAAUUGUGAUGUGAUUUCAUUCUCGUAAUGAUGUUUCUUUGAACUGAUUUCAUUAAGUAGCAAAAAUGUUUGUAUUAUGUGAAAAUGCAAGCACAUAAACAUAGAAAUGUGUUAUGAAUUUCAUUAUUUAUAAUAAAGUUAAAAGAACUAGAUCUGCAAAAUAAGAAAUAAGUAUGAAGCAGAAAUACUUUUUGUCUCUUGAAAACAGUUAUUGUCAGAAACUGCGGCGUAUUAUUAUUGUCCUGUAAAUAUGUGGUUGCAGUGUUAAAGAUAUUGGUUUUCGCUUGACGUCUAAUCAUUUCUCGACUUUUAUAAGUGUAACAAUAAAACAGCAAAUGAUAAUACUAGUAACACUAUUAUGAGGCAUUUUACUACAACAGCUGUUUUUAUCAGUAUUUUUGUUUAUUUACUUAAAGGAACUAUUUGAAACGGCUUUAAAACUCAUAGUGCAAGAAGUUCUGAAGAAAAGCAGUUGUAUUUGAGAAGAGAAAUGGAAGGAAAUAAACAGACGUUAUUGAAUUUCGAGAACCUUAUUAUGUUCUAGUUAAGUGUGCUUGAACUAGUAUUUGGGAGACUGAAAAAGUUAAUCUAGAGAAGCUCAUAGAAGUUGUUAUCUCUCUUAAGACACAGUUGACACUCGUGAACAUAAUUUCAGCGGAUGACAUUCUGAAAUAAAUGAUUUUCUCGGAGAAAUUGGAAAAUUUUGUGGAAUCUUUUGAGUUAAAAAAAUUGAACAAUUUCAUAUCCAGUGAAAAAAUUCUUUAGAAAGGCAGACAGUUUUGCAUGGGAAACCAUUGAUUGAGGAUUUUAGUUUUGUUAUUUACCUUUUAUCGAUUUCAAUCUUUGGUAAUUGGAAUUGAUAUAAAUCGUAGUUAAUUGGAAAUGAUGAAAGUCUCUGUGAAAUUGGAAAUGUCAUUCAAACCAUGAUUUGCUUUGUAAUGGUUUUUAAUUGAUUUAAACCAAAAGCUGCUUUACUUUUGUGAACAUGGAGAAUUAUAUGAGAGAAGAGAGAUGUUCCGUUAGUGUCUGUUUCUUCCAUUGUUGGGAUUGUUGUUACGUAAAAUCAUGGUACAUUGGAAUAUAGCUAUGGUUGUAGCAGCCAGCCAGAGAAAUAUUUAACUAAUUUGUAUCAAACAAAUUUCGCUUGGGUUAAAGAUUGACUGUUUUGAUAUAAUCCAUCAAAUUGGAAUAUUGCAGCCUUAAAAAAAUGGCCCUGGAUUGUGGUUGCUUCGACUGGAUUUGUCAUAUAUUUGAAAGACCAGAUCGUCGUGUUGUUACGGAAACCGUUCAGCCACCUACAUCAUCGAGUACAGCUUUAAAUGAUGCCCUGCAAUCACGCAGAGAUCAAACAUAUCAGUCUACAGCCCCUCAUAAGCCGCUUGAAAGCCAAAAUUCCAAAGCAACCAGCGAGAAUGGUGAUAAUGAUAGUUUAUGGAAAGGCGUUCGCAACUUCGCCACAAUGUUUAUGGAGGAAGGAAUGGAAGAUGGUGCGACGUCGGCAGAUCCAAUUCCUAUAGAUGGAAUAGAUUAUAACCUUGGCAAAAUACAGUUGGCACUAAGUUACGAUUUCCAAUCGUUGACAUUAACAUUAAAAAUUUUACAAGCUCAGCAACUUCCGGCUAAGGAUUUUACCGGAACAAGUGACCCUUAUGUUAAAAUUUUAUUAUUACCCGAUAAGAAACAUAAACUUUUAACUAAAGUGAAAAAGAAAAAUUUAAAUCCACGUUGGAAUGAGUGCUUUCUGUUUGAAGGAUGGCCUCACAAUAAGUUGUUAGAGAAGACACUGUAUCUACAAGUGAUAGAUUAUGACAGGUUUAGUCGAGAUGAUCCCAUUGGGGAGACUUACAUUCCAUUAAAUGAAGUAGAUCUUUCACAAGCACCCAUCAUGUGGAAAUUUCUCAGUCCAUGUAAAGACAGCAGGGGUAAACUAGGGGAACUGCUUCUAUCUUUGUGCUAUGAACCCAAUGUGGGACGCCUUACUGUGAUAGUGAUAAAAGCCAAGGAUCUCAAGGCAAAAGAUAUAACUGGUGCCUCUGAUCCCUAUGUAAAGAUAUGGCUGUGUUUUGGAAAAGAAAGGGUGGAGAAGAAGAAAACAUCAAUCAAAAUGCGAACUCUAAAUCCAGUGUACAAUGAGUCAUUUAUGUUUGAAAUUCAGUGGGACAAAAUUCGAGAAGCGUAUUUAGAAGUGACUUGUAUGGACUUUGAUAAGCUAGGGCGCAAUGAGAUGAUCGGUAAAGUGUUGCUAGGAUCUAAAAGUGGACCAUUAGAAACACGACAUUGGAACGAUAUGAUCUCGAAACCACGGCAACAAGUUGCUCAGUGGCAUUUAUUGAAGGAUUGAUCAGAUAUUGGAGUUUCCUGUGAUUGGUGCCGUUGAGUUGUUCAAGGCUCAUCAACAAGUAAAGAUAUGUUAUCUGUUUCUGAACACGGCCUACAGUUUGCGUGCGGGCUUAAAUCCUGACUGCCGGCGGUAAUGUGAAAUGCUGAGGGAAUAAACUGUCAGAGAGACAAGAUUCCCUCGGUAGAUGACUGGAGACAACAGUGUGGAUGAAAAGUCGAGAUCACAUAUGCUCACUAUUAAGAAAAUGUCACCAUUAUAUGUUGUUUUCUAUCGUUUAAACUGGUUAACUCUAUGUAGGACUGAGUAAAGGUGAUAAUGCUAAAAUAUAUAAACGGCUGUAAGCAAAAUGGGCAGUGUUGCUUUCAGACUUACUGCUCUAUCUUUAUUAGUAAAAUAUGUGUUAUGUAUGUUGUAUAUGUUUCCCAUAUGUAGAGCUGUGCCAAAACAAGAGAUUUACAAAGCUCUAUAUUUAUUUUUUCACAGUAGUUUUGGUAAUAUAUGAGAUAGUUCGAUUUCCACUAAUGUUUGAAAACUGUGAUGGCUUGUGAAUUUACAAUAGGUGUGAGUAUUAACCUGCUUUAUACUCAUAAAUGUAACUCGAUAUGAAUUGCGCAUGUUAUAAAAUGAAGAAGUUUAUAUGGUAUCAAACAGGGAAAUUAAAGUGGCAGUGAAAACAGUAACCAGUCACUGAUCUGAAGGCCAAACAGGCUAAAACCCCGCCAUUUUGAAGGCUUGCUAGUGGGGAAGUCCUCACUGACCGCAGAUUGGCUCAUCCAUCUAUCUGAAAGUUGGCACUGAACGCAGAUCUGCUCAUCCAUCAGUCUGAAGGCCUGCCAGUCAGAAAUAUGUAUUGACUGCAGAUUGGCACAUUCAUACAUCUGAUUGCUUGCUAAUGAGAAUGCCGGCACUGACUGCAGAUCCGCUAAUUCAUCCCUUUGAAAGCUUGUUUGUCCGAAAGUCAACAGUAACCACAGACUGCUCAUCUGUCUGAGGUCUGAAAGUUGAUACUGCAGAUCUGCUUAGUCACCCGUCUCAAGUCCCAGUAAUCCAAAACCUGACAUUCACUAGCAGAUCCACUCAUCAAUGUAAAGGUUUGUUAUCCGGAUUUUUGCACUAUGUUGCCUUUACACCAGCAGACUUGAUCUGAAAAAACUCGGUAGAUGACUCAAAUGUUGUUGAUAGUUUGGCUUUUUUUUCUGCAGUAUAACAGAAAUAUUAUUUGGAAUAAAAUGUUUGUUUGCCUCGCACCAGCCAUUGACUAGUUUAUUUUAUAGUUUGACUUUGUUAUUUAUGCUUACUUGGCUAUUGUUAUACAUUGGCAAAUUGCAGUACUUUGUUUAAUAUAUGUGCACACAGUACUUUGUUUAAGAUAUGUGUAUACUUCAUGAUGUCAUUUUUUGUGACAUCGCUGAUACAGUCUUUUAAAUCUUAGCCUGCUGGCAGCAAGUGAUCAGUGGCUUUUUGCAAACAGUGCAGUCCAAGGUCAGCCUGCACAUCUGUGCAGUCUGAUCAUGUUCUGCACUGUUUGCCAUUUUGUCUGUAUCUUUUUGUUAAGCACCCCUUUUAACAGUUCAUGGUACUGUCCAAAUUGAAAGAUGGAAAAGUUCAUUAUAGAUAUUUAAUAGGGUAAGGGUUAACUGUUUUUUGUUGAAUAAUAUAGUUAUGAGAGUAAAGGACAAAAUGGUCUAAAGUAAAGCUACUACGCCAACUGAGUUAUUGUAAUAAGGAAAUUUCAUUUUCAGUUUGGGAGAACAAUGUUUUCUGACAAACUCACCUUGAUUCCCUUGUCCACAGUUAAUUCGUCUGGUAGAUUUACUUAUAAAUUAUAGCAUUAAAAUUGCCUAGUUAUGACGCUAAUAUGGCAUGUCUGACAAGACAAACUUCGUUAAUUAUUAGACAUAGUAUAUAGAAAUACUUACCAUAAAUACCCUUGUAUAAUGAGCACCCAUGUGUAAUAUGCACUUUUGGAGGUGGUCCAUACAAGAAGUGUGCAUUUAACACAAAUUUUUUAUGGCUUAAAUUUUUCACCCACAUAGUUGUUAAGUUAAAUUCUAGAUUAACUGCCUUGUGUUUAUGUUGAUAAGUAUUUAUUUGUUUGGCCAUUUUACAUUUUAACUCAAGUUCAGGAUGAGCUAUUAGUGUAGUUGGAUGGUCCAGCAUCUAUUUCUUACAUCCAUGUCAUGUCACUAAGACAUCUUCCCCCUCUGAUUAGAAUUACACCAAAUUUGAUCUGUAACAUACAGGCUUUGACUUCAUGGAGUUAAUUCAGAGCUAGAAAAUAGGGGGAAAAAAACACUUCAAAUUGCUUCUUCCCAUGAAAUACUUGAUGGAUGUUCACCAAACUUGGCCAGUAGCAUCCUUGUAUGGACUUCUUUCAAGUUUGUACAAACGGUUCUACUUAAACUUUUAAGGCAGCCACCCACCAAAGCUAAAAGCAGAGAAGUUGUUUAAUGAACUUAUGAACCACUGAACAGAUCUUCACCAAACCAAUGGUCUGUAGCAUCGUGGUAUGGACCUUUCUCAAGUUUGUUUAACUGGUCCCACUUGACUGCUUUUAGAAGCUGCCAGAGCUAGAAAUAGAAAAAAACCUCCAGACAACUUUUUCUCAUGAACUGUUUGAUGGAUUGUCGCCAAACUUGGUCUUGGCAUCCUUGGAUUGACCUUUCAAGUUUUUAUGCUCCCAAAGGGAGGCAUAUUAGUUUUCAACUGUCCGUCCGUUAGUUCGUCACAACGUUAACUUACAACGUUAACUUUUUGCAUGAAGGCACUUUACUCGCGAACCACUGCAUCCAGGACCUUCAAACUUCACAUGUUGUUAGUACUUAUUGAGUACACGACCCCUACUGACUUUGGGGUCACCAGUCAAAGGUCAAGGUCACCAGGUCAAAGGUCAAGAUGCUGCGGGGUCAUUUGUCACCAUUAGUGACAGCUCUUGUUUUUCAAAUGGUUCUGCUUGACUACACUUAUGCGCUGCCAGAGCAAAACUUAGGGAAAAAAAGCAAUGUAUGACUUACCAUGAACUUCUGGGUUGAUUGUUCACAAAACUUGGUCAGAAGCAUGGUCAAAUGGUAUAGGGAAGGUGAGCAACUAAUGGCAUCAUGGCUUUCAGGCUGCUAGGAGGGGGUUUUUUUUCAUCAUAAUCAGAUAUUGUUGUAUUUACAGAUAUUUUUGUAAUAUCGUAUUUUUAUGCCCCCGAAGGCAGGCAUAUUAGUUUUCAACUGUCUGUCCGUUAGUUUGUCAAAGUGUUAACUUUUUGCAUGAAGGCUUUUUACUCGCGAACCACUGCACCCAGGACUUUCAAAAUUCACAUGCUGAUAGUACUUAUUGAGUACAUGACCCCUAUUGACUUUGGGGUCACCAGGUCAAAGGUCAAAGCGCUGCAGGGGCAUUUGUCACCAUUAGUGACAGAUCUUAUUGUUUCUAUGUUUAAUACAUCAUAUAUAUUUUACUGUUUUAUUCACCUUCAUAUGGGAGGAAUCAUACAGGUUUACCCUUGUCUCUCUACCUGUAUCUUGAUUUUUACCCUUGUCUCUCUACCUGUAUCUUCAUUUUAGCUCACUUGAGCACAUAGUGCAUAAGGUGAUCACCUUAUACAUGUUAUCAUCAACAAUUUGACUGUUAACAUGCUAGAGCCAAUCUUAAUGAAACUUGGUCAGAAUAUUACCUUCAAAAUAAAAUCUUGCAGUUUGAAACAAGAGCUGUCUCCAUAGGAUGACACAUGCCCCCAAUGGCACUUUGAAUGAAUAGUUAUGGCCGAUGUUAGAGUUUAGGACCUUUGACCUACGGACCUGGGUCUUGCGCGCGACACGUCGUCUUACUGUGGUACACAUUCAUGCCCAAUAAUUUUAAAAUCCAUGCAUGAAUGACAAAGAUAUGGACUGGACACGCCCAUCAAUGCACUAUCAUGAAAUAUGACCUUUAAUGUCUAAGUGUGACCUUGACCUUUGAGCUACGGACCUGGGUCUUGCGCGCAACAUGUCGUCUUACUGUGAUACACAUUCAUGCCAAGUUAUUUGAAAAUCCAUCCAUGGAUAACAAAGAUAUGGACCGGACACGAAUGCACUAUCAUGAAAAAUGACCUUUAACGUCUAAGUGUGACCUUGACCUUUUAGCUACGGACCUGGGUCUUGCGCGCGACACGUCGUCUUACUGUGGUACACAUUCAUGCCCAAUAAUUUAAAAAUCCAUGCAUGAAUGACAAAGAUAUGGACUGGACACGCCCAUCAAUGCACUAUCAUGAAAUAUGACCUUUAACGUUUAAGUGUGACCUUGACCUUUGAGCUAUGGACCUGGGUCUUGCGCGCAACAUGUCGUCUUACUGUGAUACACAUUCAUGCCAAGUUAUUUGAAAAUCCAUCCAUGGAUAACAAAGAUAUGGACCUGACACGAAUGCACUAUCAUGAAAAAUGACCUUUAACGUCUAAGUGUGACCUUGACCUUUUAGCUACGGACCUGGGUCUUGCGCGCGACACGUCGUCUUACUGUGGUACACAUUCAUGCCCAAUAAUUUAAAAAUCCAUGCAUGAAUGACAAAGAUAUGGACUGGACACGCCCAUCAAUGCACUAUCAUGAAAUAUGACCUUAAAUGUCUAAGUGUGACCUUGACCUUUGAGCUACGGACCUGGGUCUUGCGCGCGACACGUCGUCUUACUGUGGUACUCAUUCAUGCCAAGUUAUUUGAAAAUCCAUCCAUCGAUGACAAAGAUAUGGACCGGACACGAAAAUUGCGGACUGACAGACUGACAGACGGUUCAAAAACUAUAUGCCUCCCUUCAGGGGCAUAAAAACUAGGUCAUAAGUAAAGUCAUAGAAAAACUUUGUUAACAUUUUAGAGGCCACUAUCAUAAAUCUUGUCAGAAUGUUUUUCUCUAUGAAAUUUAGGUCAAGUUCAAUAGUUGGGUACCUGAUGUCAACUUUGUCACUAGGCCAGAUCACCUAAAAACUUGGUUAAUGAUCUAACUGGUUUAUAUAAAACAUGGUCAAACUAUUUGUCUGUAAAAACGAGGCCAAAUUAUAUACAACAUUAUCUGGAGUAAAAACUAGGUCAAGUGAGCAAUACUGGGCCCUCUUGUUUUUUAUGUCACAUUAUUAGUCCCCUACUGGCUGAAAACCAGUUUUGGGGACUAUAGGAAUGCGCUUUUCCAUCCGUCAUUCCGUCCGUCCGCAAUUUCAUGUCCGGUCCAUAACUCUGUCAUCCAUGAAGGGAUUUUGAUAUUACUUGGCACAAAUGUUCCCCAUGAUGAGACGACGUGUCUUGCGCAAAAGCCAGAUCCCUAGCUUAAAGAUCAAGGUCACAGUUGGAGGUCAAAUGUCAACAGGGCCUUUUUCCUGUCCGGUCCAUAACUCUGCCAUCCAUGAAGGGAUUUUAAUAUUAGGUGGCACAAAUGUACCUCAUAAUAAAAGAUGAUGUGUCAUGCCCAACUUUCAGACCCCUAGCUCAAAGUUCAAGGUCACACAUGGCAGUCAAAUGUUAACAUGACAUGAACAGGGUCUGUUUCGUGUCCGGUCCAUAACUCUCCCAUCCAUGAAGGGAUUUUAAUAUAACUUGGCACAAAUGUUCCCCAUGAUGAAAUGACAUGUCAUGCACAAAACCCGGACCCCUACCUCAAAGGUCAAGGUCACAAUUGGAGGUCAAAGGUCAAUAGAGUUUUUUCCUGUACGGUCCAGAACUCUGUCAUCCAUCAAGGGAUUUUAAUAUUACUUGGCAUAAAUAUUCCCCAUGAUGAGGUGACAUGUCAAGCGCAACACCCAGAACCCUAGCUUAAAGGUUAAGGUCACACUUGGAGAUCAAAGGUCAAUGGGACAUUUUUCCUGUCCGGUAUAUAACUUUGUCAUGCAAGACAGGAUUCGAAUAUUACUUGGCACAAAUGUUCACCGCUAUGAGAUGGAGUGUCAUGUGCAAGAACCUGGUCCCUAGGUCCAGGACAAGGUCACACAUAGAGGCCGAAGGUCAGAUACAAGAAUGACUUUGUCUAGAACACUUCUUCUUCAUGCAUGGAGAGAUUUUGAUGUAACUUGGCAUAAAUGUUUACUACCGUGAGAUGGAUUGUUGUGUGCAAGAACCAGGUCCCUAGGUCUAACGUCAAGGUCACACUUUGAGGUCAAAUGCCAAAGUCAAGAAUGACUUUGUCCAGAGCAUUUCUUCUUUAUGCAUGGAGGGAUUUUGUAACUUGGCACAAAUGUUCACAACCAUGAGGCAGUCUUGUUUUUAGAAUUAUGUCCCUUUGUUGUUACAAAUAGCUUAUAUUAUAACUUUCCUUUGUGUGGACUUACAGAGAAUGUUUUUUGUUGUUUUUUUUUUUUUGUUGUUUUUUUUUUUACUAUAAAUAACUUAUAUGAUACCUUUUUGAUAAUCAGCCAAAAAAAAAAAUGCUAUAUGAAAACAACUAUAGGUUUUUAUAUAUACAAAUUUUAAUCCAAAUGUUUUGUUAUAACAUAUUGUAUAUAUAGUACAAUAUUGUUUAUACAUUAUUGACAGAUAUCAGUUCAUUAUGUUAUACUGCAGUAAAGAAAAUUAGGUGCCCUCCAGUAGGGGACUUUGCAUUGCAUGGCAAUACUUCAUUCACUUGUUUAAUCAAAAAUUCACUGGUGAUCUAUGAUAUAUAGGUAUACCUUAAGGGUUUUCAGAAGUCUUUAUAUAUUUUUAGGAUUGUUGGAUGUCCGUUGUCCAUCUGUCAUCCACAAUAUUAAUUUCUUUGAAGAACAUCUCUAGACCACCAAGCCAAUAUAUGUAUCAACUGAACAACACAGGAGUGUUCCUUUGGUGUUUCCUUUUUCCAUGCAGAAAUCUGAUUGCAAUGCCAACUAAAAUGGAAAACUUUAAAAAUCUUUUCCGCAGGAACUGCUGGCUCAGUUUAUAAUUUCACAGCCUUUGGUAAUUGUCCACCAAAUUCCUUCCAACUGUUUUGUUUUGUUAAAAGAUAUGGCCAUUUUGAGCAGGGCUAGUUUUUUGUGUAUGACAAUAUUCAAAACUUCAAAUAACUUCUCUGAAACUGCUAGUUUGAUUUCAAGAUGAUUUUUAGGUGACCUCUACCAAAUUCCUUCAAGCCAUGUUGAUUGUUAAAACACAUUGCUGCUUGGAGAUGGAGCUAAAUUUUAAAAAAUAAUUCACACUUAUGCUCCAUGGGUGUCCCUGUGACAACCUCAAGCUUCUACUUGUAUUACUCCAUUACUGGAAAAUUUAAAAAAAUCUUUCUGUUUGAAACACUAGCCCUAUUUCAAAAUACAUUCAGAGAUAUUUUCCUUGCGUGACCUUGUACCAAAACUGUUGAAGCAAGUUGUGAAACUCAGGUGAGCAAUCUAGGGUCAUCAUCAAUCUAGGGCCAUCAUGGCACAUUUUUCACUUUUUAUAUUCAAAUUUUGUACUGGUGAUCAUCCUUGACAUACAUAAAAAGAAAUUUUUGAAGAGGGAAUAAUUCUGAGAGUGCGGCUCUUUAAUUAUUUGUAAGUACAAUGUGACCCUUGAAGGGCAUCCUUUUUAAAAACUGAAUAUGGCAUAUUUUAUAAUACAUCAAUACCCUAACAGCAGUUCAUUUCACAUGUUGUCAUUGACUUUUGAAAUUUCCAAAACUUGGGGACCAUUUUCUUAUGUAAAGUCUACAAUGUCACAGCCUUUUCUUGUUAAUUAGAUUAUUUUAGUAUGUUUCAGUGUUAUUAUGCUAGUGUGGAAAUGUAAAAUUAUUUUAAGCAAUAAAGCCAGGUACCAUUAUGAUUAUGCUGUAUUUUGAGUUUCAUUAUAAAUGUUGUAUGCAAUAUUGUAUCUAAAGUUGCUAUUUUUAUGUAUAAAUGUUAAGAGUGCUAGUGAAAUGUUAGAUUAUUGUUGAAGACUGUCAUGUGAUAUAGAAAUGCCAUUUUUAGCUCAUCUGAUUUUUUGAAAAAAAAUGAUGAGUUAUUGUCAUCACUUGAGCGGUUGUCGGCGUCGGCGUCGGCGUCUGCGUCGGCGUUGCCUGGUUAAGUUUUAUGUUUAGGUCAGCUUUUCUCCUAAACUAUCAAAGCUAUUGCUUUGAAACUUGGAAUACUUGUUCACCAUCAUAAGCUGACCCUGUAUAGCAAGAAACAUAACUCCAUCUUGCUUUUUGCAAGAUUUAUGGCCCCUUUUGUACUUAGAAAAUAUCAGAUUUCUUGGUUAAGUUUUAUGUUUAGGUCAACUUUUCUCCCAAACUGUCAAAGCUAUUGCUUUGAAACUUGGAAUACUUGUUCACCAUCAUAAGCUGACCCUGUACAGCAAGAAACAUAACUCCAUCUUGCUUUUUGCAAGAUUUAUUGCCCCUUUUGGACUUAGAAAAUCAGUUUUCUUGGUUAAGUUUUAUGUUUAGGUCAGCUUUUAUCCUAAACUAUCAAAGCUAUUGCUUUAAAACUUGCAGCACUUGUUCACCAUCAUAAGUUGACCCUGUACAGCAAGAAACAUAACUCCAUCCUGCUUUUUGCAAGAUUUAUGGCCCUUUUGGA